CUUAGCUGAAGCAGUGCUGCAUUAUGUUACACAUCAUAUACGUUUACUUAAUUUUUGUUACACGAUUGGUGUACAUCGUUGCCGCUGGAUUCGGACCACCACGCUUAGAUGGGCGAAUUGUUGGUGGUGAAAAUGUUAACAUCAGUGCAGUACCUUAUCAGGUUUCUUUACAAGAAAGUUAUCAUUUCUGUGGUGGUUCAUUGCUAUCCAAACGUGUUGUCCUCACUGCUGCUCAUUGUACUGAAGGAUUAAAGCCAGGCAGCAUUAAAGUACGUAUCGGUUCUACAUACUCCAAUAAAGGUGGUGUUUUAAUUGGCGUUCAAGAAAUUUAUCAACAUAAAAAAUACAAUUCCAUGAUCAUUGAUUAUGACUACGCAAUUUUAUUAUUAGAGAAUUAUUGCGAUGUGAAUAUUACUAGUAGUUAUGUAGCAUUGCCUAAUAUGAAUGUUGACGUUGUCGAUGGCACUGCAUUUACUGUGUCCGGUUGGGGUAGAACACAAAAUUCGCUGGAUAAACUUGAACAGUUGCGUGCUGCAAUUGUGCCAAAAGCAAAUCAGGAAUACUGCAAAGAUGCAUAUAAGAAUUUUGGUACCAUAACAGAACGCAUGAUCUGUGCUGGUUAUAUAAACGGUGGCAAAGAUGCAUGUCAAGGUGAUUCCGGUGGACCACUUGUGUAUAAUAACACUUUAUUUGGUGUUGUGUCUUGGGGUUAUGGUUGUGCGCGCCCUAACUAUCCCGGAGUAUAUUCACGUGUAGCUGCUGUUCGUGAUUGGAUUGAGCAGAUCGUUGGACAUUAUUUGAAUAAGUAAACAUUCAAAAGCUAUUGUAUAGUAUUUUUAUUAUCAUCAAAUAUAUUUAUCAGCAAAUAUA